AUGCAAGAACUUCCAGAUUGCUUGUACGAGGGAAAGCAACCAACCUUAAUCACUCCAUCUUCUCCCACGCCAAAUCACACUCUCUACCUUUCCAACCUCGACGACCAUCAUUUUCUCAGAUUCUCUAUCAAGUACCUCUACCUUUUCCAAAAGUCUCCCUCCUCUCUAACCCUCAAAGAUUCUCUAUCUAGGGUGCUAGUCGAUUACUACCCGUUCGCUGGUCGGAUCAAGGUCUCUGCCGACAAGACCAAGCUCGAGGUUGACUGUAAUGGGGAGGGGGCAGUUUUCGCAGAAGCUUCCAUGGAUAUAACUCGUCAAGAGUUUCUUGAAAUUUCACGCAAACCAAAAAGCUCUUGGACGAAGCUCUUGUUUAAGGUUAAAGCUACCGGUUUCUUGGAUAUCCCUCCUCUUAUCAUACAGGUCCGUUGCGGAGGUAUGAUCCUCUGCACUGCGAUCAAUCAUUGCCUUUGUGACGGCAUCGGCACAUCGCAGUUCCUACAUGCAUGGGCCCAUGCCAACACCACCAGUGCUCCGCUUCCCAUCCAACCGUUCCACUCUCGACACAUGUUAGAACCACGAGAUCCACCGCAUGUCACACACUCACAUCCCAGUUUCACCUGGACCACCGUAAACAAAACCUCCACCUUCAACAUUUGCAAGUAUUUACAGUCCCAACCACUGGCUCCCACCACUCUUACCUUCACACCAUCCCUUAUCAUACGCUUAAAGAAAACAUGCGCUCCCUCGCUAGAAUGCACCACGUUCGAGGCACUAGCGGCUCACACAUGGUGCUCUUGGGCUCGAUCUCUUGACUUGCCGUUGACCAUGCAGGUCAAACUUUUGUUCUCUGUCAAUAUGAGGAAAAAGCUGACUCCAGAACUUCCCCAAGGGUAUUAUGGUAACGGAUUCGUGCUAGCUUGCGCCGAGAGAAAAGUACAACACCUAGUCAAUGGUAAUAUUUACCACGUGGUAAAAUUAAUACAAGACGCGAAAACGAGAAUCACCGACGAGUAUGUAAGAUCAACGAUAGAUUUACUGGAGGAUAAAACUGUAAAAACAGACGUCUCAAAAAGUUUGGUUAUUUCACAAUGGGCGAGAUUGGGAUUAGAGGAUUUGGAUUUUGGAGGAGGAAAACCAAUGUAUAUGGGUUCUUUGACGAGUGACAUCUACUGUUUAUUUUUGCCGGUGACCGGAAACUGUGACGCCAUUAGUGUUCAGGUGUCCUUGCCGGAGGAUGUUUUGAGGAGGCUGGAGUAUUACAUGGUUAAGUUUCUUGACGAAAAAGGUAAGAUAGAAGCUAAAACUUUUGCAUAA